AAAUCCUGGUUCCCGCCUGAGUAGUGUUGGUGUCCUUACGGGGAUGGCUGCCGCUCUGAGAAGGCGUUGAGGAUGCACGCCGGAUACCUAGUGAUCUGCGCUCUGCUGCUGGCCGCGGAGCAGGGCGCACGUCUCUGCACAGUGGUUUAUUACUUUCACACCAAGCAGUAUCUAUGGGCAUGGCUCACUCUCUCUACACUCCUUCCUGGAUGCUUGAUUCAGGGCUUAAGCUACCUCUGGUUCCUAGCAGAUGGCCAUCAAGGCAGUUGUUCUCUGGUGAUCGUGCAUCUCCUGCAGCUUGGCACAUGGAAACGGCACUGGGACACCUUCUUGACAACUAUGACAAAGGAAGAGGAGUCUCCUGAUAUGAGGAAAGUGCUAUUGCACCAAGGAGAUCUCUUUGUGCUUCGGCUGCUCGAAGCCCUGCUCCAAAUAGGACCCCAUCUCCUGCUGCAAGCAUAUGCUUUUAUAUCAGCUGAUUUCCAAGAUCCUGUUCCAGGUGUGAGUGCAGUCCUGUCCUGGUUAUCUCUUUCCUGGUCUCUGGUCUCUUAUACUCGCAUCAUGUCCCUGAUAAAGCCAGGACAUCUAGCCAUGCCAUGGGCUGCCCUCCUAUGCCAGCUCCUGUGGAGACUGGCUAUGCUGGGAACUAGGAUCAUAACACUGGUUCUGUUUUCCCAAGCCUAUCACUGUUGGGUCUUGGUUGUUGGAGGUGCCCAUUGGUUAGUGAUGACCUUCUGGCUUGUUGCUCAACAGAGCGACAUCAUUGACAGUACUUGUUGUUGGAGGCUGUUCAAUCUGCUCGUGGGAGCUCUGUAUGUCUUCUGCUACAUCAAUUUCUGGGACAGCCCUUCCAGAAAUAGAAUGACCACAUUUUAUACAAUAAUGCUGAUGGAGAAUAUAAUCCUUUUGCUAUUGGCCACAGAUUUCCUGCAGGGAGCAUCAUGGGGCACCAUGUGGAUGACAAUAGGCAUUGUGUCUGGAUUCAUUAUUGGCUGUGCCUCACUGGUAAUUUAUUAUAGCCUGCUACACCCCAAAUCCACAGAAAUAUGGCAGGGUUUUAUAAGGAAGUUCUGUGGCUCUGUAGACAGUGAUAAAACAGAAAAAGAGCCUUCUUCCUUUCAGUGUACAAAACCAGUUGAAGAAAAGUCAGAAAGUCUAGGCUUGUACCCAGUUGAAGACCCCAAAGACCCCAAAUAUCAGGGGAAUUCCCUUAGCAUGGAUUGGGGAGCAUCUACCGGGAGCCAGGUGGUAAGGGAUGAGGCCACUGCCAAAUGUCAUCACCAUUGGCUGCUAGUGAAGCUGGCCUUAAAAACUGGAAAUAUGUCCAAAAUCAAUGCAGCAUUUGGCAAUGGUGGCCUAGACUGUUUUUGCCCACCCAUCUACAUAACAUCGAAAUGCUUUGGCCCCCAAAUGAAGCUUUCAUUUUUAGAGAAAGAAUUCCCUUUACCUCAGAAACACUGUGGCCCACCAUGUCAGACUUCCUGGCAAAAAGAUUCUCAGGCUGAAGACAUCCCAGAAACUAAAGAGGACCCUUUGGAAACAUCAAGUUUUAUCACCCUCUCAAGUCAUCAGCAUGUCCAUGCACCCACCCAUAAAACGUUGUCUGUUGCUGUACUAGAAGGACCUUAUGUUUCUCCCAAGGAAAAGGUAUCUGACGUUUUGCAAGAUGAUUUCUCAUUGAGCAAAUGUGGCGCUCAGGAAGAAGUUUGUAGAAUUCAAACCAAAGUACCCUGGAGACCGGAAAAGAGCAUUUCAGAAAGUCCCAUUGGACAAGGAGGAGGAAAGGGGAGAAGACAAGAGAACUCCACGUUCUACUUCAGUGCUACCAUGGAGGGGGCUACCCCCUCUCACCAUGAGGCUAGGACAGCUCCACCGGUGUCCUGCAGGAAAGUGGACAUAGAAAAAGAUCAGCAAACCAAUUCUGACCCUAAUCACUUGGUACCAAAGCCAUUUCCUAUAAGUGUCGCAAACAUUAGCCCAAUAUUAGGCACAAGCACAGCCCAUCGCUUACGGCAUAACACGGGUCUUUAUAAUGGCAGUCAGUGUAGUCUGCCAGGGGUGUCUUCUGCAGGCUCAAGGAGACCUCUGGAGCUCUGGACAGCUCCAGGAAACAGCUUCCUGUCUGUUGGGACUUGGGUGUCUAUGAUCAGGAGCAAACUGAAGCCUUCAGGGGAGCCCUACUGCACAUCCACCCCCAAAUCAGAACCCAGAAAAGACGGUGACAGUCUGAGGGAAAGGUUAAGGCAGGAAUCAAACCUUUUUUUCUGAUCAAAGGUUUGGAAACCCCUACUUCAUAUCCCUGGAACAUUCAAAGAAGUAGGAGAAAGCUUCCACUAUGUUGGAUGGGUCCUCUGGAAAAAUUACAGAAGGAUGUGGAAAAUGAAGCAAGAAAGUAUCGAUGAGUUUUGAUGUAUGCUACUUGAAGUCUCCACAUCAGUGAGACUGCAGAGACAUCUAUCUACAAAUUGAAGUGAGUGAUGACCAUGAUUGAAGGAGACUAGAGACUGACAGAUAAUAAAAAUAUAAUACAUGUAUCAAUAGCAGUAUUAGAAAUUGUAUUUUAACCUGUGGACUUUUUAAUUGAAAAUCAAUGUAUUGGGGACAGCUGAAUGGUUCAAUGGAUAGAGAUCCAGGCCUGGAGUCAGGAGAUCCUGGAUUUAAAUCUGGCUUCAGACACUUCCUAGCUGUGUGACUCUGGACAAGUCACUUAACCCCCAUUUCCUAACCCUUACCACUCUCCUGCCUUGGAACCAAUAUACAGUAUUGAUUGUAAGAUGGAAGGGAAAGGUUUUUUAAAAAUCAGUGUAUAACAACAGAAUCCCCAUUCUGGCUUCUGUUUUAUUUUGGUUUUUUUAGCAAAGUGUUUCUGUUUAUUUAUCAUUUUCUUUUUUAUUGUUAUUUAUAAUAUUAGACAUUCAGCUAUCCAGGACAAGGUAAUACUCAGCCAAUGAGACAUAUUCUGGUCCCUUCUCUCUACCCACUUUUUCACACUCCCCUUCCCAUCUCAUUCCCCAGAAAGAACAUUUACUGGACUUGAGGCAAACUCAAGUUUCAAGAAACAAGGUUCCUGUCACCAUAUGCUGGUUCUUUCAACUUAUCUUAAAGAAGAAUAUAUUGAUCGUUGAGAUAAGGAAAUUUAACAGAACAUCCAGGCAGAAAGCAAGACAGAUGGUCUGAAACAACCCCUGGUGCUUCCUGCCUCAGAUUCUGUUCCCUCAGGAGCCUCCAGGUUCUUUGUCAGUAGUGAGUGCUAUGAGGAAAGAGCAAAGCUGCUAGGAUAAGAAUGAACAAUAAUUGUAUUUAUAGAGCAAUUUAAGUAGCAAAGUGAUUUUCAUGUCUUAGUUUCAUAGCUAAAAAAUUAAUAUAAAGGGACCCCACAGAUGCUGAUAGUUGUAGAUCCACUCAGGGAUCCCCCUGAAUACCCAGCCGGGUAUUCUGACCUCUGGUGUGCAAAAGCCUAGGAGACAAUUGAUAUAAAAAGCAGCAUCUUUUAUUUUAAGAGGGAAUAUAAUCUGAGGAUUAGAACAAGGGGUCCCUAACUCUAAGGGAUCUAGCUAAUUUCCCAUAAUCCUCUAUAUCCCUUGUAAGAGGGAGCCUUCUGGUCUUCCAGCUAACUUAAUAGCUCUCUGUUUCUAUCUAGGUAUCCCCAAAAUGGACUAAGCUAACUAUAAUCCUCAGUAGUUGGUUGGUUUGAUUUAUUCGCCAAAAGCUGUCUCAAAAAUGCCAUUAUAAAUGAACUUCAACGGCUAAGUUCACCCCAGGGUGUGUGACCCCUGAGGUAAAAUCUCAGUCGAUCUGACAGGAUUUUUUAGAUAAAACUUUCUGAAAAUUACAUCAGAUAUAGUCAUAUCCUUUUCUAGGUCUUUCCAGAUCAAAUAGAGUACCCCAAAAGAUGAAUUAGGGGUACACUCUUUCUCCACAGUCAGGUUGAGGUAGAUGAGCUACAAUAAGCCUGCCUUUCCUCCACCAUUCCCAGACAGGAAGCUCCUAACCUCCACCAGGAAGUCAAGUCAUUCUCUAUCAGUUGUCACUUCCAAACUGUUCCUCCUCUGCCUUCUGCCUGCUAAAAUCCUUUCCUUUGAGUUCCUACUAUAGGUCUAAAGACAGCCUUCCACUUCUCUUAAACCUUACCCUAUCUCUAUCCUUUUCCCAUUACACAACAACACAAUAAAGAAGGUGCUAUCAUUAUCCCCAUUUUACUGAUGAGGAAGCCAAGAAACUCCCUAUAUGGGGUUAGUGGAAAGAGGGCUGAGCUUAGAGCCAGAGGGCCCAAGUCCAGCCCUGACUCUCGCUCAGUACCUGGGUGGCCUCCGUUCAAUCUUUUAACCUCUCUUGAUUCCAGUUUUGUUAUUCAUAAAAUAAGGGGAUAGGACUGGGUGACUGCCAAUGACCCUCCUAGUUCUAGAUCUAUGUGAGCCCUUACCUAUUCCAGACAACCUCAGAAACCCCUAAAAGUCUGUCUCUCUUCUAUGUCUGCACCAUUUACAGUCUCUCCAGCCAAUCCAUGAGUCAUCAGGAGAGACCUUAAUUGUUUUGGACUCUACUGUAGGACCACAGUUUGGAAUCUGGCAGAGAGAACGGAAAGCCUUUCAUAGUAGUACAUUUUUAGCUCUUAAUGAAUAAUUACUGGGAUGUUUGGUUUCUUCUGCCUUUUGGAAGACCACAUUAACCAACCAAGCAUUUAUUAAGCACCUAAUAUGGAUCAGACAUUGGGCUAGGAUCAAAGGAUACAAAGGCCAAAGUAAAGCCAUCUCUGCCUUCAAGAAGUCUCAAGUGGUAAGAGGUCAGUCAAUCAACAAACAUGAAGUGUUAUUUACUAGGUAGUGAGCACUAUGCUAAGCGCUGAAGUUAUAAAGAAAAGUCCAAACAAAGAAAAAAAAACAAAGUUUCUGCUUCAAAGCAGUGUCCAUUGAGGGGGAAAUUACAUAGAGGAAGCAUUUCAAACUGGCUUUCAAGAGCCAAUUGUUAACUAUACCACAACCAUCAUAAUCACUACAAAUCAGGGCUUGAUUUGUUAAUUAUAUUAAAUUUUAAAAUGUGUGUUCAGGGGAUCUUGGUGACAAAUACCUCCUUGCUGUGUGACCCUGGGCAAGUCACUUAACCCCACCUUACCCCUCUUCUGUCUUGAAGCCAAUACUUCAUAUAGACUCUAAGAUAGAAGGUAAGGAUUUUUUUUUAAAUGUGUGUGUGUGUGUGUGUGCAUACAUUCCCUACCCUGCUCCCCAGAUGAGUUGUUCAACACUUACCAGCCACCCAGACUUGCUCUAGAAAUCCCACUUGAGGGCAGAGGAGUGGAGUAGAAGGCUCCAUGAAUAAUGGCAUCACCCAAAUGGAAGCCUGGGAACUGAAAGCUAAUAAAAAUAGAUGAUAGUAAUGACUGGCGUUCAUACAGUGUUUUAAGGUUUGCAGAGUGUUCCCUCUUUACCACUCUUGUGUGUCUAGGUACAUGCAAGAUACAGUAGGAGCCCCUUCUCUACAUUUGUACUUUGCCAAGGUCAACACAGCAUGGAAGUUUGUCAAUAAAGAGCCAGAAGUCUGUGGCAAACUGGCAUAUUGUCUGCUCCAGGUGCUUCCUUUUUUUUUUUUUAAGGGUGUUUUGGGAGAGAAGGAAGAAGGCUAGAGUGGGGGACUGGCAGGAAUGUAGCUACAAUUUCAUCCAUCCACAGUAGGUCUUAGACUAUAUCCUCCCUUGAUCCAGGGUCUUAUUCUAUUCUAUUUGUUGUUCACUCCAAUGAGCUCUUCAUGACUCCAUAUGGAGUUUUCUCAGCAAAGAAAGUGAUUUGCCAUUUCCUUUUCUGGCUCAUUUUACAGAGGAGGAACUGAGGCAAAUAGGCUUACUUGACUUGAGGUGGGUCACACAGCUAGCAAGUGUCUGAACCAGGUGUGAACUCGAGAAGAGAAGACGAGUCUUGCUGACUUCAGAUCUGGUGCUCUAGCCACGGCACCACCUAGCAGCCCAGAUAAGACAUAGAGGUAAUAGAAAGAGAGAAAACUAAAGGAUCUCAGUCCUUCCAUUGCUAGGUAAGUGAGGAUAAAUGAAUAGCACAAAAGGAGCCAAGAGAAUUCCGAAUUGGUUCAUGGAGAAGAGAGUCCAAGAUCUAAAGUGAGAUUGUAUCUCAGAGGUCGUGUACGACCCUGUCAUUUUACAGAUGAGGCAUUUAAAGGCAUUUUAGAGCCUCAGACUGGAUUGUUCCUGGUCAAACAGGCAGCCAGUGUCAGAGCUAAGAUUCAGUUUCAUGUCCCAUGAGUCCAAGUCUUUACAAAACUCUACAAAGGAAACAGCCUUAGGGGUGCGAUCAUGAAACAGGCUAGAAAGUUGAACCUCCCUUUCACUAUAACAGUAGUUCAUUGAUAUGUAGCCUUUGAAAAAAUUGCCAAGGUUUUUAUAUCUGAUCUUACAACACUGUAAAAUGGAUUCUAUUAUCACUAUUUUAUAGAUGAGAAAACUGAGGCCCAGAUACAUCAAUUUGUCUAAACCAAUCACACUGCCAACUAAAUGUCUCCAUUGGGGUCUUCAAAAUUCCAAAUCUACUUAUUCUAGUUACUCAAGUCCAGUUAUCCAAUUAUUCCACACUUUCAUGAAAGCCUCAAGGCACGGUAAAGAAUUCUUUCCCAACAGAUGGCUUUAGGUCUCCCUAUGCCUACCUUUAUGUCAACAUCUGGGUCUAAGAAAUAGACAGUGAUAUUCCAUGCAUUUAUAAAUUUGGGAAAAGCAGGGCUAUAACUAGCACAGAGGGAACAGGGCUCUGUCCCACCAUGUUACCUCCACCAAGCUGCAAUUUCAUUUCAUUUCUAAAGGAAAGGGAAAGAGAACCAGGACAGAUGUUCCCUCUGGCCAUAGUCUCCGUGAGGUGAGGCAGGGUCUCAUUGCCUAACGAGGUUCCUGGAGUCAAGCACACAGCAAAUGAAUGAAUGAAUGAGGCAGAAUUCAAACUCUUAUCUUCCUGACUCAGAUGUAGCACAUUAUUUGUGAUGCUAUCAUAGUAAGUGUCUAAUAAAUAUUUGUUCAUCUAAAAUGAA